AUGGGCCUCACUUCGCUGUCCGUUGUCUGCGCUGUUCUCGUGCUGAAUGUUCACCAUCGCGGCCGUAUGAACACUCGACCACCGGCCUGGCUCCUGCGCUUCGUGUAUGGUUGGCCUGGUCGACUAGUUGGCCUGCCGAGUCCCGGCUUCCAGGCCAACUCUUGCUGUAGCCAUUCAAGUGGCAAUCAUAAAAGGUCCAGUUCCACCGAAGUGUCGGUGAAAAUAGGGGAUUCCGAGUCAGCUCAACGAAAUCUCUGGCCAGACAAGGCUGAGCUGCGGCUGACAGACAUUUGCACUCUAUCGAAACAUAGAAGUGCCUUCCACAAAUUUAAUGAAUGUGACACUAUGACAUGGAACAUGAAUAGCGUGAAACAAGCCAGAUCAAAUGAUUCAGUCAUACAACGCAAUCCCACCUACCACCAAAAGGACGACUUAGUCAGCCAAGCGGACAGAAGCGAAGCGAAUUCUGGUCAAUGCAAGUUGAUACAGUUUGAUAUUUCGGAAGGUCAGGUAAACGAGGCUGACAAGGAGAUAGCAAAAAAAUGUCAUUUUCUUGCGGCGCCAGUGAGGGUGAAGAGAAGAGCUAUUAGCCAUGUCAAUGCAAAUCUGAUGGUAAAUAUAGAAAUCACCGGUACCAGCAUUUCUCCUACACCUAAAGUGAGUGGCGCCCACAAAUCAGCUUCACUUGAGAACAGCCCUCCAAUAGAUGAUCCGACACUUAUGCAACUCCAAACCGGAAUAAAUUCAGACCAUUUGUCUAAAGAGACAAAGUAUGUGAAUCUUCCUCCUAAACAAAUCCAACCUAAUGAUCAGUUGAGAGAACUCCUAGUACUCCCAAACACGAGCACUCAGAUUUCAGAGGUUACGCCUAUUUUUGGUACCAGAGAAGACUCCAAAGGAUGGCCAACCGAGACAGCAGAGUUACCUGAAGCCGCAAUUCCUAGAAUGCCGAUCAGCACUUCCAGACUACAAGACUCGGUUUAUCCUGUCGCUUCAGUUCCACAUGAACCACAAAAUAUGAUUCAACCAGGUACCCAAAAAGAUUCUGAAAGCAGAAUAGAGGCACAAAUGCAUAGUACCAAAAUAAAUGGCUUAUUUUCAGAGAUUUAUGAGGCCGAUAAGUCACCUUGCAAGUGGCGUAAUUCCUUGCCCAUGGAACAGAAGCCUUCCAGAUCGCUCCUCCACGUAUCUAAUGCUACCACAGACAACGAUAGCCUCAUUGAUCUGAUCAUUGAUAAAUAC